AUGUGGCAUUCACCAUCCUCUGAUUUUUGGCCGCCUCUGGGUGGAAGGGUGUGUAGACUUGGUAGGCCUCACAGAGGAGCUCGUAGAAUUCGCUUGGUGAUUCCUCUGGCUUCUGAGUGAUCAGAGCGACUUUGUUCAUGUUGGUUGGUUUUCUGGCUCCCUCCCAGACCCUAUGGAGGAGAGCUUCCCGAUACCUUCCGAGUGCCUCGUGUCCACUCGGGGAGUUGAAAUUCCAAUCCAGAUUGGUCUCAGGUGCUGCUCUCUGUGCCUACUGCUCCACGUCCAAGGUCCCUGCUGGAGCCUGGUCCUGGAGCCAACUCCAGGUCCCAGCUACAAUGUGGUGUCAUUCUUCCGUGUUAAAAAGGGUCAGAAGGAGCUGGUGGCAGUCUUCCCCAGUGGGAUGGUGGGUCUGAAAGAUGGAUUCCAGGAGGUCAAUGAGGGCCUGAGGUUUUUCAGAGUAAGGCGGGGUGUGGUGCUUCCAGUCCAGAAGGUCAGUGGUGGAGAAGGGCUGGUAGUACAGGACCAGCUGACCUGGCUGAACAGACCCAUCAUCCGUAAUCUGCAUCGGACCUCACACCUCAUGCAAGGGCAUCUGGAGGGCUGAACUCGGGGCCUGAGCUGACCAUAGCCAGUGGGUGAUGGGAGUGCCGGUACCUGCUUGGUCUGGAACUGGCCAUGGGGAGACUGAUGGUGGCAAGGUGUCUGAUGGAUUCGGGGGCACUUCAGGAGGUGUCACAGUAGGGUUGUAGGGCGGUGGUGGUGGAUCCUCUUCAGGAGCUUCCUGAUAGAUGGGUUUGGACAGUUUGGAGUCUCUGGUCCUUUGGGCCACAAAAAGUCUGCUCUGUCCCUUAUUAGCAUAGAACCAGACCCAAGGGGGCAGGGUCUGAGCAAUCUCUAGCCGUGAAUCUAUGUAAGGGAAUUGGUCCAGGUGGCGGGGAGUCCCGGUCACGAUUCUCCAAACUGCUCGCAGGGUGGGGAGGUCUGGGUUCCUGUUGUGGACCAAUAGACCCCGAAUGUGGGCCAUUCAUGUUCACAGAGGACCUUACGUCUACUGGGACUCAUUAUGACACCGUAAUCUACUGUGAAGCCCUUCUUAAAGUUCUUUAACAUGCAUCUAAGGACUGUAGGCUUAGAUUCUACGCUACCCAUCCUAGACCCUGGAAUGGUGUUGCAGCUUAACAAAGGGAGGUGGUUUGUCUCAGAUGUCUGCCUGGCUGCGUCCCUCUCAGGAACUUAGGUGCGUCUUGGCAAAGGUGUGCCCGUAUAAACCCCAGGCCUCAUCGCUCCCUUUAGGGGAGAGAAUCACCAUUAUGACGUAGACACCCCUGCGGAACUGCAGGUGAGGACCCACUCAGGUUCCGUAGCCGUAAUCAUAGAACUGCAAACAGUCACUCUUCACAAAAGGGGGUUUCUCUCAGGUGUCCGCCUGGCUGCAUCCCUCUCGGGAACUUAGGUGAGUCUUGGCAAAGGUGUGCCCAUAUAAACCCCGGGCCUGGUCGCUCCCUUUAGGGGAACUAUGCUGUAAGAUGCUGCUGCAGAAUCUCAGACAGGCAGAGGUUACACAUCCCCCCCCCUGGGAAUUCCCUGCACUCAGGAGGUGAUCCAGCUCCUCUUCCAUCCUCUGAUGGGCCUGCCUCGGACGGGUCCCGGGACCUUACCUGGUCCGAUGCUUCCAGACCUGAUUUGACUUGUCCGUCCUUCCGGCGUGUCCGGAAUGGAGCUGCGACCCUAUCAAUGGGAAGUGAUCAUGCCUGCCCUGGAGGGCAAGAAUAUCAUCAUAUGGCUGCCCACGGGUGCUGGGAAGACCCGGGCAGCUGCUUACGUGGCCAAGAGGCAUCUAGAGACUGUGGAUGGAGCCAAGGUCGUUGUGUUGGUCAAUAGGGUGCACCUGGUGACCCAGCACGGUGAAGAGUUCAGCCGCAUGUUGGACGGACGCUGGACCAUGACAACCCUGCGAGGAGACAUGGGGCCACGUGCUGGCUUUGGCCACCUGGCCCGGUGCCACGACCUGCUCAUCUGCACAGCUCAGCUGCUGCAGAUGGCACUGACUAGCACUGAGGAGGAGGAGCACGUGGAGCUCACCGCCUUCUCCCUGCUCAUAGUGGAUGAGUGUCACCACACGCACAAGGAUACUGUCUACAAUGUCAUCCUGAGCCGGUACCUAGAGAACAAACUCUGGAGGGCAUGCCCUAUACCCCAGGUGCUGGGUCUCACAGCCUCCCCAGGCACCGGCAGGGCCUCUAAGCUCGAUGGGGCCAUUGACCACAUCCUUCAGCUGUGUGCCAACUUGGACACGUGGCGCAUCAUGUCACCCCAGAACUCCCGCCCCCAGCUGCAGGAGCACAACCAGCGGCCCUGCAAACAGUAUGACCUCUGCAACAGGCGCAGCCAGGAUCCAUUUGGGGACUUGCUAAAGGAACUCAUGGGCCAAAUCCAUGACCACCUCGAGAUGCCUGAGUUGAGCCGGGACUUUGGGACGCAGACUUAUGAGCAGCGAGUGAUGGAGUUGAGUCAGGACGCCGCUAAGGCCGGGCUGCAGCAGCGGCGCGUGCAUGCACUUCACCUGCGGCGCUACAACGACGCGCUGCUCAUCCACGACACGGUCCGCGCCGUGGACGCCCUGGACACGCUGCAGGAUUUCUACGACAGGGAGCGCAUCACUAAAACCCAGAUCCUGUGUGCCGAGCGCUGGCUGCUGGCGCUGUUCCAUGACCACAAGAAUGCACUGGCCCGCUUGGCAACUCACGGCCCAGAGAAUCCAAAACUGGAGAUGUUGGAAAAGAUCCUUCGAAAGCAGUUCUCAAGCCCCAACAGCCCCCGGGGCAUCAUCUUCACCCGCACCCGCCAGAGCGCUCACUCCCUCCUGCUCUGGCUCCACCAGCAGCCGGGCCUGCGGACCAUGGAUAUCAGAGCCCAGCUGCUGAUUGGGGCCGGGAACAACAGCCAAAGCACCCACAUGACCCAGAGUAACCAGGAAGAAGUGAUCCAGAAGUUCCGGGAUGGCACCCUGAACCUUCUGGUGGCCACGAGCGUGGCGGAGGAGGGGCUGGACAUCCCCCAGUGCAACGUGGUGGUGCGCUAUGGGCUCCUGACCAAUGAGAUCUCCAUGGUCCAGGCAAGGGGCCGUGCCCGGGCGGGUCAGAGCGUGUACUCCUUUGUAGCGGCUGAGGGCAGUCGGGAGCUGCGGCGGGAGCUGACCAACGAGGCACUGGAGACGCUGAUGGAGCAGGCAGUGGCUGCUGUGCAGAACAUGGACCAGGCCGAGUACCAGGCCAAGAUCCGGGAUCUGCAGCAGGCAGCCCUGGUCAAGCGGGCAGCCCAGGUGGCCCAGCGGGAGAGUCGGCGGCAGCAGUUCUCCGCAGAGCAUGUGCAGCUACUCUGCAUCAACUGCAUGGUGGCCGUGGGCCACGGGAGUGACCUGAAGAAGGUGGAGGGUGCCCACCACGUCAAUGUGAACCCCAACUUCUCGAUCUACUACACUGUCUCCCAGGAGCCUGUGGUCAUCAACAGAGUCUUCAAGGACUGGAAGCCCGGGGGUGCUGUUCGCUGCAGGAACUGUGGGGAGGGCUGGGGUAUGCAGAUAAUCUACAAGUCCGUGAAGCUGCCAGCGCUCAAAGUCCGCAGCAUGCUGCUGCAGACCCCUCAAGGGCGGAUCCAGGCCAAAAAGUGGUCCUGCGUGCCCUUCCCUGUGCCUGACUUCGACUUCCUGCAGCACUGUGCCCAGAACCUGCAGGACCUCUCCCUGGACUGACCACCUUGUCGCUGCAGUGCUCCGCUCAGGCUGCAGGGGGCAGGGUAGUCCACAGCAGCCAUCACCUUCCCCUGGACAAACCCUGGGUCUGGGCCCCUCCUUCCUGAGUCACCAGCUCUGGGCACCGAGCUGACCAGCCUCAGAGGAGCCCUGGGUGCCCAGGCUGACUUAGGCUCCCCAAAUGAGGAAGCAAGUGGAGGGCCACAACUCAACCCUGGAGGUACCUCAUGUACAUAGACAACUUUCAUUUGCACAGGAUGGGGAAGGGGGAGGCCGAGGCAAGAGAAUUGCCACAUUGUACCAGAAAUCAUGACAUCCCUUCCCUGCCAAGACUGCUUCUAUUUUUUCAGGCUCCUCACAAAUUAAAAAUAAAGAAAUGGAAAAAUGA